AUGGAGGUGACACCAAACCACACCCAGACCGUGGCCGGGUGGGCGGCCAUGAACGAGUCUAGCAAGGUCGAGCCCUUCGUCUUUAAGAGAAGGGAGAACGGCGUGGACGACGUGACGAUCAAGGUGCAGUACUGCGGCAUGUGCCACACCGACCUGCACUUCAUCCAGAACGACUGGGGCAUCACCAUGUACCCGCUGGUCCCGGGGCACGAGAUCACGGGCGUGGUGACCAAGCUGGGGAGCAACGUCUCCGGCUUCAGCGUCGGCGACCGCGUCGGCGUGGGCUGCAUCGCCGCCUCCUGCCUGGACUGCGACCACUGCCGUCGGUCAGAGGAGAACUACUGCGACAAGGUGACGCUCACCUACAACGGCGUCUUCUGGGACGGCAGCGUCACGUACGGCGGCUACUCCCGGAUGCUGGUGGCGCACAAGCGGUUCGUGGUGCGCGUCCCGGACGCCCUCCCGCUGGACGCCGCCGCGCCGCUGCUGUGCGCGGGCAUCACGGUGUACAGCCCCAUGAAGCACCACGGCAUGCUGCGUUCCCCCGGCGGCAGCCUGGGCGUGGUGGGGCUCGGCGGACUGGGGCACGUCGCCGUCAAGUUCGCCAAGGCGUUCGGCCUCCGCGUCACCGUCAUCAGCACGUCGCCGGCCAAGGAGAGGGAGGCGAAGGAGCGGCUCGGGGCCGACCACUUCGUCGUCAGCACCGACCAGAAGCAGAUGCAGGCCAUGGCGAGAAGCCUAGACUACGUCAUCGACACCGUCUCGGCCAAGCACUCGCUGGGCCCCAUCUUGGAGCUGCUCAAGGUGAACGGCAAGCUCGUGCUCGUCGCCGCGCCGGACCAGCCCGUCGAGCUCCCGUCGUUCCCGCUCAUCUUUGGGAAGAGGACGGUGAGCGGGAGCAUGACGGGAGGAAUGAAGGAGACGCAGGAGAUGCUGGACCUGUGCGGCAAGCACAACAUCACCUGCGACAUCGAGCUCGUCUCCACGGACGGGAUCAACGAGGCGCUCGCGCGCCUGGCGCGCAACGACGUCCGCUACCGCUUCGUCAUCGACAUCGCCGGCGACUCAAACUCAAAGCUCUAG